CAAGAUUCCUCGACGUAGUCACAACAACAAAAACAAUCCCUUCAAAAUGUUCGUGAAGUUCGUCGCACUCCUCGCUUUGAUGGCUGUCGCCAACGCCAGCGACCAGUCUAGCUUCGCCUACAGCGUGGCGGACCCCUACACCGGUGACUUCAAGCACCAGAUUGAGAACCGCGUGGACAACAACGUUGCCGGUCAAUACUCGCUUCUGGAGUCUGACGGCACCCGCCGCACUGUGGACUACGCCGCUGGUGCUAAUGGAUUCAACGCUGUCGUACGGAAGGACCCCGCUCUCAUCGCCACCGCCCCCGCCAUCUCCUACGCUGCUCCUGCCAUCUCUUACGCUGCUCCUGCUAUCGCUGGCCCCAUCUCCUACGCCGCUCCAUACGCCUAUGCCAAGUUCGGAAACUUCUAUGGAUCCCCCUUCCCAUACGCCCGCUACUUCUAAACCU